GCCCAGUCACAUACAUUUGUGGAUUGUUUCCUGCAGUCGCGUGACUGACGCUGGGAAGCAGAUAUUGGCACCAGGAGACAAGAUGUCCCUCACUGUGAAAAACCUUUCUGUUACUUACAAUCCUAUCAAUCAGGGCAAUACCUUCACCAGCGGGGAUUUUAUAUCGGGACAAGUCAUUCUGGAUGUAGCGAAGGACACAAAAAUGCAGUCGUUGAGUGUGAAAAUUAAAGGUAAAGCAGAAGUGCACUGGUCCGAACCUCGCGGCAAAAACACUGUGGUUUACUCAGAUAAGGAGAAGUUUUAUUCCGUGGAGAGAUUUUUUGUUCGGGAGGACAUAACGCAUGGAAAUGAGAUGCUGAAAGAUCCAUCAGGACAUCCUUAUUCUUCUGUUGUGGCACCAGGGCGUCAUGUUUACCCAUUUACCUUUCAGUUGCCUCUACAGCACUUCCCACCAACCUUCAAAGGUUCAGCUGGAAAUGUUGGCUACACUUUGGAGACAAAACUUUCCAGAUCAAUGCAUAUUUCCAUUAAAGACAAAACCGAGUUUCAUUAUGUCCCCAGACCAGUUGUGUCCAAUCCUGAACUAAUGGUGAGACUACGAUCCCAAGAACCUCAGCAUGGAGCCAAACAUAAACAAAUGAAACCCUUCUCUUCUGGGCGUGUCUCAAUGAACAUAAACACUGAGAAAAUGGGAUACUACCUUGGAGAGGGCUUGAAAGUUUUGGCUGAAGUUCAGAACAGUUCUUCCCGUACAAUCAAACCAAAAUUUUGCCUGUAUGAAAAACACAGCUUUUUAGCAAGAGGCAAGAGAAAACUUCACACACGUGAACUGAUUAAAGAUGCAGGGGAACCCAUUGAUCCAAACUCAAAGAAAACUGUCACAAAAGUGCUGUCCAUUCCACCCAGCCUUGCCAUAUCUAUCCUAAACUGUAGGAUCCUCAAGGUUGAGUACAGACUCAGGGUCCACCUGGAUGUGCCAUAUGCCUCAGAUCCAGAGAUUAAAUUCCCAGUUGUGAUUCUUCCUCCUCCGCCUGUCUCAGGGGCUACAAACAGUGACUUUGGAAUCUGGAAUCAACCACCAGGAAGCAGUGUGUACCCCAACCCACCUCCUAUGGCUCCACUUGCACCACCACUUAAUGUGGUUGGACCACCUGGUCAGUUUGGUUCCCCUGGCUACUAUGGACCUCCUCUGAAUUUGUUUCCUGCUCCUGGUUACCCUGGACCACGGGGUCAAUUUGUUCCACCUAGUUUCCCUGGACCUCCUGGUCAUUUUGGUCCUUCAGUUUCAAAUCAGUCUGACCCAUCAGCUCCACCUCCUUAUCAGGAAUAUCAAUUUUAUCCACAGUGGCCAGACUACCCUGAAAAAUCUUGACAAAGUAAUUUUAGAAUCAGCUUAGAUUUAUUUUGUGUUAUUGUUUUAUCUAUAAUUUUGAAAUGAUUUAUAUAUACCUGUAUAGCCUUUUACAUUUUAGGUAGUGAUGUUGACUGUUAAGCAAACAACAUUCUAUACUAUUUAUUAUUUUUGUGUUUCUGAACCUUCAGUAUAGUGCUACAUUUUACAUCAAAAGUAAUUUUACAUUUAGCAUUUGUGCUGCUUUAAAAUACAUGUAUUCAACUUGAAAUGUUAAAUUGUUCUAAGUGACAACUUUAAGUUAGCAUGAGCACUUUUUUUUGAAACAACAGUUUUUUUUUAGUGUAGAUUUACCAUCAGUUUCUGCAUGAACUGAUAAAUUGCUAUAUGCAUUUGCCAUUAAUUUAUCCAUAAACUGUUAAAAACUAUUUGAUCAGAACUUAAACUGUUACAACAAUAUAGACCAAAAAACCUUUUUGAACAUACUGAGACGCUUGUUUAUUGUUCGACUGAAUAAUGCAUUUUAUGUAUUUCUAUUUAUGUAUGAAAUAUAAAUCCGAAUUUACUCACAUAGACUCUAUAUCUUGUUAACAGCGGAUUGAGUAGUUUAUUAUUAGUUAAAACGUAGAUAUAGAUUUACUCUUUAAAGUUCCUCUAUGUAACAUUUUACCCUCUAUCGGUAAAAUAAAUUAAAAAAAAACUGCAUGUUUCUUGUGGAAGAAGGCUGUGCCAGUGUUCGCAUAAAAAAAAAAAUGUUACUCGAGCAGGGGCCAUUUUUUUUAUGCUGUUGUUUGUUGAAUUGCAACAUUGUCAAAUGACAAGAAAAGUUUUCAGAUCAUUAAGACCUAAUGCUGUGUUCACACCAAACGCAAAUAGAGCAUCUGGCGCGAAUGAUUUCAUUGUUAAGUCAAUGCAAAGGCGCGUUUACCCGCGGCGCGAAUUGAGCAUUUCGCGCGUUAGGCGCAAAUGGUGCUCAUAUUAUGGAAGGCCAAAAGGGUCAAAUUCACGUGAAUUUUAACGCGUCAACAACACGUUAAAUACGUGUAUUUCACGCGUAAACAACACGUAUUUAACGCGUAUUUAACGUCUAUUUAACGUGUAUUU